GGGAUAGGGAUGAAAACCCCCAAAUAACAAUGUUACAAAAGCUAAAAGGCUUCCUAACAUCAAUCAAAUGACUCGAGAAGACGGAGUGGAGACUCGACUCGUAUACUAGAUUUACUUCCCCGCUUCCCCAGAUCAUUUCCUGUCGGGUCUUCUCCGACCUCUGCUUUCCAGGUUGUUUCGCUACUGUGACGCCCCCUUCCUCGGCUCAUCGGACGUACCCCGGCGGUCGCUCAGAUCAUCCUAUAUCUGGGGUAAACUCUGGGGUUCUAUAAGCUGUGGGUUUGCUGCUGUUUUCUGCACGUUUGACAUCGCUACUUUUCUUGGAUAGCGACACUGAAGGGUUUACAUCCUUAUUCUGACCAAGAUGGCUAUGUGGUAUGCUCUUGGUAUUGCGUUCUUCGCUGCUAUCGGCACGUUCUUGUUUGGCUUUGAUACCGGCAUUGCCACGACAACAAUCGCCCACCAAAGCUGGAUCGAUUACAUGAAAGAGCCCUCAAAGGGCUUAACAGGAGCUGUCGUCGCAGUCUACAUCGCCGGCGAAGCCUGCGGAGCCCUAACGCAAACCUUCAUCGGCGAUAAACUCGGCCGCAUCCGAUUCAUGCAACUAAUGUGCAUAAUCGUCACAAUCGGCACAGUAAUCCAAACAGCUUCUGUGAAUAUCGGCAUGUUCCUCGCCGGCCGCGUGCUAGCUGGCUACGCCGUCGGCGGGCUAGUAGCCACAGUCCCAAUCUACCUAAGCGAGAUCUCAGAUCCACGCUACCGUGGUCUGAUCGGUGGUAUUUCCGGCUGUGGUAUUUCCUUCGGCACGAUGAUGUCGAACUGGGUUGGCUAUGCAUGCGGUUAUGCGCCGUACGGGCAUGUGCAGUGGCGUUUGCCGCUGGGCAUUCAGAUCCCCUGGGGUAUUAUUUUGUUUAUUGGGCUUGCUACUUUUAUGCCGAAUUCGCCGCGGCAGUUGAUUCGCGUUGGGAAUAUUGAUCUUGCGAGGAGUGAGUUUGCGAGGAUAAGGAGGGGUGUAGGUUUGGUGGAGAUGGAGGAGGAGUUUGGGUUGAUGAAGGCUCAGAUUGAGUAUGAGAUGGAGAGGGAGAUUACUUCUUAUCGGGAGAUCUUUAGGUUGUUUAGGCAUCGGGUUCUUGUGUCUAUUGCUGUGCAGACUAUGACCAGUUUGACUGGUGUCAACGUCAUUCAGUAUUAUCAGACUAUCCUAUACAAAAGUCUAGGCAUUGGCUCCCACACCAUUCUCGCUCUAGCCGCAGUCUACGGCACCGUCGCCUUCAUCUCUAACUCAAUCACGACUAAAUAUAUGACUGACCAGUGGGGUCGCCGAAAGAUGCUCAUCACCGGAUUGGCCGGCAUUGUCUUGAUAGAAAUCUACGCCGCUGUGAUGCAGAGGGAAUUCCAGCACACAGAUAACAACAUCGGAAAGGGAUUCGCCAUUCUUGGAAUCUACCUGUUUGUGGUUUGCUACUACGGCAUGCUUAACAGUACUACCUGGCUGUAUGGCGCCGAGGUCUUACCCAUUGCUCUCCGUAGCAAGGUUAUGGGUCUUGCAGCAGCAUCUCAUUUCAUUGUCAAUGUUGCAAUCACCGAGGCAGGACCCAGUGCAUUUGCCAACAUCGGCGAGAACUACUACUAUGUCUUCGUGGCAUGCUCUUCGUUCUUCCUGGUCAUCGCUUACUUCUUCUUCCCGGAAACCAAGCGAAAGACCCUCGAAGAAGUGGCAGCAGCAUUCGGCGACCGGGUCGUCGAUCAAGAUGACAGCCUUAAACGUGUAGCUAGUGUGGUUGGCGACACGAAGCAUGUGGAAUCGACAGAGGUAAUAGUUUAAGCAGUUUCGUCUAGAACUUAUUCACAUAGGGCUCAGUGGAGACGAACUUUUAGGCAGU